GAGGGCUUCCGGCCAUGCUGAUGGUACUCAUACAUUAGAAGGCACCCCCUGGACCCUCGAAAAAUACAUCCCCGCCACCCAUCUUCACGGCCUUUUCCCUCUCUUUUUUUGGCCUUUACACGGUCUCUUCGGGUCAAACGUCCAGAACCUACUAGAAAGGCCUUUUCUGGAGUUACCUAGGCAAUACCUAUAGGUACCUCAUAUACCUCCUACGAUCUCUACUCAGGAUGCAUAUUACCUAGAAGGUAUGGGUACAUAUUGUAUCCCAUUCCUCUCAUAUAUUAGGUUAGGUACCUAGGUACAUGUGGGCGUUUAUUCCGUCUCGUGGAUCCCAUGUGCACAUGAUGCACGUGCAUGUAUAUACCUAUCGUCCACUCUGACAUCAACACCCACCCAUCUAUGUCUCUAUCCAUCCUUCUAUCCGUCCAGAAACAUCCGGUCUAUUCAUUCCUCAUCCCCCAAGUCUCUCCUCCCUCUUGGUCUGAAUCGAAGUCGUUCUGGUUAAUCUUGCAAGUCUCUCUUAGCUAAAUUAACUACGUACCCCUUACUGUCUCCCCUACUCGUGCCGUCUUGUUGAUUUGUUACGCGCACAAACACAAGGGGGGGAGGAAGCCGGCAAGAUGGCGCAGUCUACCGUCGUGCCCGUGAUUCCCUUAGACAAGAAGCAGGUCCUCUUCCCCGGUUCCGUCAUCAGAAUUCCCGUGUCUGCGAACCGUUCCGAUAUACCCGCUCUGAUCUCCAACGUAUACACCCGCGCUUCGAGAGCGUCGAAACGGGUCGACCAGAUCUCCGUCAUUUGUGUGCCUCUCAGCUCGCCUCUCCUCAGCCGCCGUGGCCAGUUGAUUCUAGAACGCGAUCCUAACCGCCACGAUGGGACUACCAACCCAAAUAAGAAUAGCAUCAAAGGGGACCAGCUGUACGCCUACGGAGCUUCAGCCAAAAUCAAUGCCAUCCAGGGCCAGAAUGGUGUCGAGUUUAAUCUCCUUGUGCAGGGUAUCUCCCGCGUUUCUAUUGAGAAGGUCACCCAAGAGCGUCCCUACUUCGAGGCCAAGGUUUCUUCGCACGUCGAUCAUGUCGGACCCCGAGAACUUCAGAGCACCGCAUACCAAGAGCUCUUCGGCACGUUGCAGCGGCUCUCGCGCGAAUUGGUGUCCUACCUCCGCGUGUCGGCAUUCUUACUAUCAAGGAACGGCCCCGGGCUAAGCCCGCUCCUAUCUCGGAGGCUCGAACAGUUCAUCGCUGGGAAAUCUCCCAACGAGGGAGGCUCGUUGGCUGAUUUCAUGAUGAAUGUCCUCGAAACUACUUACGAGGAAAAGCUCCAAGUGCUCGCUGCGAUUGAUGUUGCAGAUCGCAUGCAGACAGUCGUUGGCUUGCUUGAACGACAAGUGGACGAGCUAAAAGGGAAUAUCAAAGUAACCACCGUCACAAGCACCACCAUUCCUAUCCGUAUCGACCCAGAGGAUAUGGAGAAAAUGAACAUCAUGCGAAACACCAAACGGCCAAUGGUAGACCCUAGAAAGCCCUCAGCCGGUUUCGGUUUCGGUACUGGGUCACCGUUCAAUAUAUUCGGCGGCGGGCAGGGCGAGCAGGAUGCGGACGAUCUGCAAGAUCUCGAGAAAAAGAUCGAGGCUGCUAAGCUCCCGCCGGAAGCCGCCAGAGUAGUGGAGCGAGAGUUAAAACGCUUAAAGCACAUGAUGCCGGCCCAAGCCGAAUAUCAGGUCGUCAGGACAUAUCUCGAAACACUAGCCGAGAUACCGUGGUCUGUUGCCACGGACGACCCAGUUGGGAUCGGCACAUUGGAAAACGCAAGAAAGCAGCUCGAUGACGACCACUACGGGAUCGAGAAGGUGAAGAAGCGCCUCCUCUCCUACCUCACCAUCGUCAGGUUGAUGCAGACGGCGAACGAGGCAGUAGAUCGGCAAGUAAGGCAAGCGGAACAAGAGGCAGCCGACUUAGAGUCAAGUAAGGACGGCACAAAACAGGACUCGGCUGCCGAUGCCGAGUUGGAAGAGAAGUUGAAGGCAGCCGGCGUCAGGGUGCAGGCAUUGAAGAGUAAGCGACGGGUAGAGAAAGCCCCGAUCCUGCUCUUGGUUGGCCCUCCCGGCGUAGGUAAGACUAGCAUAGCGAGAUCCAUUGCCACCGCACUUGGCCGCAAGUUCCACCGCAUCUCACUUGGAGGCGUGAGAGACGAAGCUGAGAUACGGGGACACCGGAGGACGUAUGUUGCUGCCAUGCCUGGGCUGAUCAUACAAGGCUUGAGGAAAGUAGGUGUGACGAAUCCCGUCUUCCUGUUGGACGAGAUAGACAAGCUGGGCAUGUCCAAUCAUAACGGCGACCCUUCCGCUGCUAUGCUCGAGGUGCUGGACCCUGAGCAGAACCACGCAUUUCACGACCAUUACGUCAACACCCCCGUCGACCUCAGCAAAGUCCUUUUCAUCGCCACAGCAAAUACCCUCGAUACGAUCCCGGGCCCGUUGCUAGAUCGCAUGGAAGUUUUGGAGUUUUCCGGCUACACCACACUCGAGAAGCGACACAUCGCGCUGCAACACCUAGUGCCUAAGCAAAUCAGAAUCAAUGGCCUUGGGGAGGAUCAGGUUCGAUUCAACGAGGAGGUGAUAUCAAAAAUCAUCGAGUCGUACACCCGCGAGUCGGGGGUUCGUAAUCUCGAGCGAGAGAUUGGCGCUGUCUGCCGAGCGAAGGCCGUCGAGUUCGUCGAAGCCAACGACCGCGGCCAUCCGGAGACAUAUCGGGCAGACCUUGCCGUUGACGAUCUCGUUUCCAUCCUAGGCAUUGAGAAAUUCGAGGACGAGAUCGCGGAGAAAACGAGCCAGCCGGGUAUAGUGACUGGGCUCGUCGCAUAUAGCUCCGGCGGCAACGGGGGCAUUCUCUUCAUCGAAGUUCUAGAUAUGCCUGGCGACGGCAGCGUCGAGCUUACGGGAAAUCUAGGGGAUGUUCUCAAGGAAAGCGUGAAGGUCGCCAGGAGCUGGGUGCGUAAUCAUGCGUACGAGCUAGGGUUGACACAGGAUCCUACGGAGAAUAUCAUGAAGAAGCGUAGCCUACAUGUCCAUUGUCCGUCGGGGGCGGUCCCAAAAGACGGCCCGUCGAGCGGUAUGGCCCAGGCGAUUGCCCUCAUAUCACUACUUUCCGGGCGGCCUGUACCCCCGACGAUGGCUAUGACUGGGGAAUUCCAACUCUCCGGCCACGUAAAGAGGGUUGGCGGGAUCAAGGAGAAAUUGAUCGGAGCAUAUCGAGCCGGCGUCAAGACAGUCCUCCUGCCAGCGCAGAAUGAGAAGGAUGCGAGAGAGGUACCGUCAGAAGUGAAGAAGGGAUUAGAAAUUAUCUACGUCAGCCACAUCUGGGAAGCUAUCCGUCAUGUCUGGCCGGAUGUUCAGUGGCCGCAAGAGAGUACCUUCCCACCGAUUCAGCCCCGUCUAUAAUCGUCCGCCCUCUGGGCACGUUUUCCUAGUUUGUUUAGCGUGCAUGGAGAUUUGGCGUUGGAUGGGCAUACUUUCGAGCCAAAGAGGGACAGCACCACAGCCAGUAUCAAUAACUAUCCCAGUCGCGCGUAUCUAUCUAUAUACCUAUAUAUAUGUGUGUGUGUGGGUGUGUGUGGGUGUGGGUGUGGGUGUUGGGAAGGGGAGGGUCUUCCGGUUCUUCAAGAUACGACUAAUAAAUAAAUACAAG